UACUAUUCUAAGACCUUUUCAGUGUAUCAGAUUUUCUCAUAGUUUCGAGUUUGUUUAGUAAUUUGUUAUUUAUUAUAUAUUUAGGUAAAGAAGGUUCAAACCAGAUUUUGUACUUACACCAACAUCAAAGCUAUUGAGCAUAUAAAGUUGCGAUUAAAGUCUAAGAAGCAAUUGCAGAUGUUUAGGGAGUCCCCAUUUGGAUAUUUUCUUGAUUUAUCGAAUAUCAAGGUUCACCCACAACUCAUUCGCAACUUGAUGUAUGCGGAGACUGAUAAUUAUAGAGAUGAUAUGUUUAUCAUCAAGUUGAAUGGAGAAGAGCUCUUUUGGGAUAAGAGAGUUUGCCAUUAUCAGUGGUUUGAAAUGCAGCAUGCCGAGUGAAUUUGUUCCGGACCAUAAUUCACCAAAUAGGUUAAUGAAUAGUUACUUUCCCAAUCAACAAAGAGUACUAAAGAGUGAGUUGAUAAGUUUUUAUGAAGGAAGCAUUUGUGUGGGUGAUGAUGAUCUUGUAAAAAUCUCCAUUUUGUAUUUUAUUAGCACAUUCCUAUUCUCAACUGAGCCUUCCAAAUCUUACGUAUCUAGGCUGCACUUUGACUUAGUUGAGAGUGGUGAAUAUAGGAACUAUCCUUGGGGAAAUGAUUGUUUUAACGAAACACUUGCUUCUGUUAGUCACCAAUUGAGUGGUGAUCUAUCGUAUUAUAGGGAUGGGGGCUUUCCACUUGCUUUGCAGGUUUGGUUUUAUGAAUGUUGCUCGAAGGUUGAUCCUUUUGUUGCUACUCGUAUUCGAAACCACAUUCCUCGUAUUCUUAAUUUGCAAACAUCCCAAGAUAUAUUGUACUUUGACUAUCUGAAGAGGGGGAUGUUCAAAACUUAUGGGAAUCAGGUGGUUUUUUCCAACAUCACACCAGCAAACGAUGAAUUGCCACUUCUCACUGAGUUACCAGAUGUGCCACGACCACGUACUACCACAAGUGAUACACCAUCUGUACAUGGUUCUGAGUUUGAGGCAUUGAAGAAUGAGGUUGUAAAUGUUCGUGAAGAUUUGAAACUAUUGCAGAAGAAGGUAGAGGAUGAUUUUAAACAGUUGAAGCAACACUUGGAUAAAUCAAUAUUGGACAUAGUUACAGAGAUCAAGUCCUUACAUGGCAGGCAGAUGGAAAAUAAUGAAUAUGAGAUGGAAAAAAGAACCUAUAGUGGUGACCAGAAUGACAAGUAUCAUGACAUACAAGCUGAGGUUGAUGAACAAGCGGCUAAGGGUGCGGUUGGUGGGCUUGAUGGAAGUGUGCCAAUAUCUGGUCAAGCUGCAGUAUAUUUAAAGACCCAAACUGGUAUGCAUGCUGGAAUUGGUGAAGCAUGUGAUAAUGAUCGAGAUGAUCUAGAAGCAUUGAAGAGUCUACAUGAUCAAGAAGAAUUGAAGAUUCAAGUUGGUGUGCAUGAUGGGUUUGAUGGAGCCGGUGAUAAUUGUCUAUUUCAUCAAGAAGCCUCAAUGAUUCAUACUGAACAUGUUCCUAAUUUAGAUACUUCUUUAGAUGAUGUGGUUGUUGGAAUUGAUAAAAUGGGUAGUUUCUACAAUUCUGUCUCCAAAACCCCUACUCUAGAUGAUAUUGAAUUUCCUGCAUAUAGCGAGACCCAGAUUGUUGCGAUUGAAAAGAGUUACUAUUCUAACAAUGUCACUCCUGAACAACAGCCAAGACUCAGAAAGACUGGAAAAUACAAAUCAUCUCCAUAUGUUGGUUUUAGUUCAGCUGGCAGCAGCUCGGGUAAAUCACCUAUAUAUUUCAACACAAAACAUCCUUUUGCAAAUUACAAUGGAUUCGAAGUUGAUGAUGCACUGCUCAAUGAAUUUACAUCUUGGGUAUAUGCUAAAGUCUCUAAACGGAAGAACAGAAUUUCAGCAUACACUUUAAAGGACAACAAGAUUGUCAAUCCUUAUGAUUUGGGAGUUCAGAAGGUUGACAAAAUGGAGUGGUUCUACAAUGUCAUUCAAACUGGAAAAGCGUGGGAAGACUCGGAUAUGUAUGUGGCCAUUGUUGGCACAAGUGCUAUGUGGAUUAUAUGA